CGUAUGAAUAAUAUUUGAUCUCGGGGGAUUUGGCUCCCUCCGGUGGAUCCUUCUCUACACACAAGAAGUUCAUCGCAUGGACGCUUCUCGCCCAGCGAGUUCGGUGGGUGGCAGAGCCCUGGAAUCCCCUUCCUCACUCUCUUCCUUCCGAUGCGGAGUUUGCCUGGACCUUCUCUACAAGCCUGUUGUUCUGGCAUGCGGCCAUAUUUCUUGCUUCUGGUGCGUAUACAAGGCCAUGCAUGGAGCUCGACCAUCCAACUGUGCUAUAUGUAGGCAGCAGUAUAAUUAUUUUCCUAGUAUCUGCCGGUUGCUUCACCAUCUGCUCCUGAAAAUGGAACCUGAGGCCUUCAAGUUAAGGGAACAGGAAGUUCUGGAGGAAGAAAAGAUUCAGGAUUGCUUCUCACCUCAGUGGGUAGAUCAUGCAAUCCCUGAAAAGGUUCAUGCUGACAAAGACAACCCCUGUAUCCUGGAUAAGCCUGAAGAUUCUGUCGAUAAUCUCAAAACCAAUCAUAUAACAGCCAUAGAAGGAUGUCACUUAACAGAAGAAAGUCAAAUGAACGAAACUUGCAAGCACGUUUCUGUAAUUGAUGUACGAUGUGCAGGGUGCAAAGAAUUGCUGUUUCAACCUUCAGUUCUCAAUUGUGGUCAUGUGUACUGUCACUCCUGCAUGGCCGUACCAGUGAAUGGACUCCCUAAAUGUCAAGUUUGUCAGAGCAUGCACCCUGGACAGUUUCCAAAAGUUUGCUUGGAGCUGGAUCAUUUCUUGAAAGAGCUAUUCCCAAAAGAAUAUGCUAUUAGGCAAGCGAAAAUGCAGUCCAACAAAUUCCAUGAAAAUUCAUUAAAUGGUGCUUUAGAAACUCAGAAUCCAAAUGUCAAAUCUUGUCAUGCCAAGGAUGAUAAAUUACAGAUAAACAAUCCAGACUUUACAAAAGCUCACGUUGCAGUCGGUUGUGAUUCAUGUGGGAUGUAUCCCAUAAUUGGAGAAAGGUACAAAUGUAAAGACUGCAAAGAGAAGGUGGGAUUUGACCUGUGUGGAGAAUGCUACAGUAGCAACUCCAUGCUGCCUGGUAGAUUCAAUCAACAGCACACACCUGACCACAGGCUUGAAAGUGAUGAUUCAAGGAUGUUAUGCAAGAUAUGGAUGCUUAAGAUCUUGCAACCGGAUGUACCUCCAGAGGAUCGCACUGAUGAUUCUCUAGAAGACCAUUGAAACCUUGAUGCGGUACUGUUAACGGGAAGCUGGAAUGGAGAAGCCUGGAAAGAAGAGAAAAGAUCCAUUUUAGCUAUUGCAACUUUUUAUCAACUGUGUAUGGGUGCUAGUUGACUGUUCGCCUAGCUUGAGAAAACAGUGCAAAAAUGAAAAUGGACCACAUCAAAUAA